CUCAUUUUCUUGUAAAGAAGGCAUUUUCUCACCAUCCUUCGCUCGCUCCUUUAUUCGUCGCUCUCUUAGUCAAGUUACAUGUAAGAGCGCUCUGUCUUAUGCAUCAACAUCACCACCACCUCCACCAAGACGCCUCGUUCUUUAGCCACUUCAAGUUCAUACCCGCCAAAAUGUUCAAGCGCGCCUUCCGGUCGCAGGACCAGCCCCAGAACCGCGUGGACAAGGCGGCGCGGCUGAAGAAGCCGGGGGGCUCCGCCAAGGAGCACGUCAAGGCGAAGGUGUCCAAGCUGCAGAUCUCUCACAUAGAGCACGAAGCGGCACCCGCCCGGCCCGUCAACAUCACUCCCUCGCCGAUUGUCACCCUUACUAUUGGCCGCGAGGGAAGACUCUUUGCAGCUCACGAGGAUGUCCUCAGCCAGUCGCCCUUCUUUGAAGAGGCGUGCAGGAAGGAGUCCUCUGAUGCCAUGAACAAGAGAAUCUCCCUCCCUGACGAGGAGCCCGAGGUCUUUUCUGCCGUCCUCGAGUAUCUCUACAAGGGCGAUUACUAUCCCCGCCUGGUGCACAACAGGCACCGCAACUCGUGGGAGCUUGAGGAUCGCAUGAGGACUCCUCAGAAGUCAUCACCAAACCCCGACAUGGGGGGCGGCCACGCAGGCACGGCUUCCGAUGCCGCCGUCUAUCUCUCCAGCGCCGGGGCCGAGAUCCUCCGCGACACCGUCAUCUACUGUGCCGCGGACAAGUACGGCCUGGAAGAGCUGAAGCGUCUGGCUUUACGCAAGCAGGGGCUGCAGGCCGGCAUUGAUGUCGGCACGAUCCUGCGAUCUGCCCAGUAUGCCUACGCCAACACGCCUGAUUCGGACAGUCGCCUGCGCGCCCAUUACCUGGCCUUGAUUAUUCGCUGCCGCAAGACGUUUAAGCGCAGCGGCACCAUGCAGGCCGAGAUGGAAGCGGGUGGCAGCAAGCUGUUCUUUGACCUGUUCGUCGCCAUGUGCAAUCAUCUGGACGACGUCAUUGAUGUUACCAAUGGCCGUACUCCAAAGACUGUAUAAUGAACGACAAUGAUGAGAACGGCGAAAGCCUUCGGUGGCCCGGCUGAGCGCAAUGCCGUUGGGCAGCGAAGGAUGGAUUUUUUUUUAAGAAAAUAAACGAAAAAAGCUUUAAAAUGGAGAAAUCAGAUCAAUAGAA